CGGUGAGAGAAGGAAGACAGGAUAAAAGACAUGCUGUGGAAGAGAGACAGAGAUUAAUAACAAGUAUGAUCCAAUGCAGGGAGGUCUAUUAAUACACAGUGAGUAAGAAAGGUGACUGAAGAAGAAAUACUCAAGAAAUACUGUUGUCCUGUAAAUAUAUGAAUGUGUCAGUGAAGGCAGAAACUCUUACUCUGGGCUUGUAGAGGCAAUAACUUAAUGUCCCAGGGAAUUCAUAUCUCAGCACAAGUACCAGCACUGGUGCAAAUAAUCUGUUACUAUUACUCUAUUUUAUCAAAUGUAUUAGCCAUUUGAAAAGUUGGCAACCAUUUUUACAACUGCUGACCUUUUGCAAGAAAGUAUAAUUUCUCAUGAUAACAUUCAACUAGUUUUGAAAAAUCUUCAGUGUCAAAUCAUACUUGUCUGGCCUUGUAGAAAUCAACUUUAGAAGUGUGAAAUUACUCAGAAGCCUGUUUAGUACAUAUAAACAUUUUUAGGUUGGUGUGGCCAACAUAGUUCAGACAUUAUCAGCUCCUGGGUGAAUUCCUGACACUACUCGUUACUCAUCGAAAGAAGCUGCUUGACCAAAGUGUAAAGGUUCGGGCUGUGGCCCAAGGAUGUAGAGUGGUUGUCUAUGAAGGUCAGUGGUUGGCUCUUAAAGUGCUUGUUAGUAGGUUUAUUUUUUUAACAAGCAGCAGCUCAGAGUUCUGGUUACCCUGCAAACUGUCAGUGAAUAUUUGCAAAUGUUUUUGUUUCCAUUUGUGUCCCUUUUAUAUGAAUGUGCUCAGGAACUCAUUGUCUUAAAUCUCACUUGUGUCCCUAACAGUUUUAGCAGUUUAAUAGAGUUUAAUUCAUUCUUUUUAUGUGAAUUAAAAGCAGGAACUUCAAAUAAAACAUGGAAUUUAAACUUUAAAUUGAAUUUAAAAUGUAAUGUUCUGAUUAAUCAAAUUGCUUGGGAUUUGUCAACAGCAAGAACAGAAUGAGGAAAUGAAAGUUUACCAUAUAAAUCUGUUAAUGAUUAAUAAUAAUAAAUACACCUUUGAGAACAACAUGAUUACUUCCUUGUUCUGCCUUCAUAUUCUGUAACAUCGUGCCGUUCAUGUAUCAUGAAAUCAUAAAAGGAAAAGUCAAAGAGGGAAAGACCACAUUUUGAAAUGGAAAUGGCUCUGAUGUACUUCAUCAUUCUUGGGAUCUUCUCAGGUUUGACUGAAGGAUCUGGUGUGUUGCCUGAUGGUCCUCUGAAUGCAGCUGUAGGAGAGACGGUGAUGUUCACUACAACACUGACUCCAACAGGAACUCCUUUUCUGACUUUGGCCUGGACUUCUGGCGCUAAGAAUAUAAUAACCUCUAAUACUGUAAACAUAACUGGACCCGAGUAUGAAGGCAGGAUCACCCUCUUCCCAUCAACUGGAUCUCUGGAGCUCAGGAGUCUGACUCUGAAUGACGCUGGAGAAUACUCAGUUGUUAUUGUACCGGCUGGUGAAGCGGCUGAGAUGGGACGGACUACACUGGUGAUAUAUGAGAAAGUCUCCAGUGUGUCAGUAACUUCCAGCAGCACAGACUUGGUUGAGUUCAGUGGUUCUGUCUCUCUGUCCUGCUCUGCCUCUGGAUCCUCUCUCUCUUUCCUCUGGUUGAACGGCAGCUCUGAGGUUACAGCAAGUGACAGAGUUCAGCUCACUGAUGGAGGCUCCAGUCUGACUAUAAUCACUGUGACCCGCUCUGACCAGGGACCAUUCAGGUGUAGUGUGUCCAAUCCUGUCAGUACUGGUACCAGUGAUCCAGUAAACCUCUCCAUCAGCUAUGGUCCAGAAAAUAUAAAUUUGAUAUUAUCUCCAUCGCAAGAAUACUUUGCUGUGGGGUCAGACAUCAGCCUCACCUGCUCAGUUGGAUCCAGACCUUCUGCCCAGUUUAAGUGGUUUCUGAAUGGAGAUCAGCUGCCUGAUACUGGAUCAGAGCUCAGACUGAUGAAUGUUCAGAUGAGUCAGAGUGGAAACUACAACUGUCAGGCCUUUAAUGGCAAAACUCUGAGAUCUCAAACAUCUCAGCCUUCAGCCAUCACUGUACUGGAGAAAAUAUCAGGUGCUUCUUUCACACCAUCAACAAAUCUGCCAGUUGAGGGAACCUCUGUCAGUUUAGCCUGUGAGGCUUCUGGCUCAGUCUUUACAAGAAACUGGAUGAAGGAUGGCUCCGAACUGAACCCGACUGACAACAUGAUCCUUUCUGACAAUAACAGAGUGUUGACCUUUAACACUGUGAAUAGGAAAGACAAUGGAGAAUAUUUCUGCCAGAUCAGCAACCCUGUCAGCAGUGAUGGAGCUAAAUACAUCAUGACUGUUAACUAUGGACCAGAAAAUGUUCAAAUCAAAGGUCCAAAUAAGAUAAAUAUCAAAGGCACCUUAAAACUGACCUGCUCUGCUGAAUCCACACCAUCUGCCAGAUUCACCUGGUUCUUUAAUGGGAGAGAAAUUCCCAAUAAUUCAGCUGAGUACAUUAAAGAAGAGGUUGAAUUAUCUGACAGUGGCAACUACAUCUGUCAAGCAUGGAAUAAUAUAACUGAGAGAACAUCAUCAUCAGCGGUGCAUGGACUGACUGUAACAGAUCAACUAUCAGGAUGUGCUGCUGGUUGCAUCGCUGGAAUAGUAAUCGCAUGUUGUGUCCUCAUCGCUGCAGCUGUUGGUGGAGGGUACUACAUUUAUAAGAAAAAAUUCAACAAAAAUCCUCAGGAACAAAAUACAGAACAAGAUGAAAAUAUGUAUGAGAACAUUUCCAUAUAUGACAAGAAAAUAUAAAAUUUCAAUUCAAUGAUGACCUUUUCUUUUCCAGAUGAUGCAUAUAAGUCUUCA